ACUGCUGAACAUUCACAACUGCAGAGGGGUGAAGAUUCCGUUUACAAGGUUGUCAAAUCUUCAGGCCUACGAUUUGAGCUCUCAAUAUCAGCAGAAUGAAGAUUGAUAUUCAUAAUCAUAUUUUACCAAAGGAAUGGCCUGACCUGAAACAGAGAUAUGGAUAUGGUGGAUUCAUUCAACUGCACCAUCACUGCAAAGGAGAAGCUAAAAUGAUGAAGGAUGGAAAAUUGUUUAGAGUGAUCCAGGAAAACUGCUGGGAUGCAGAGGCUCGGAUUCGAGAUAUGGACAAGCAUGGAGUGACAGUACAGGCCCUUUCCACUGUGCCCGUGAUGUUCAGCUACUGGGCCAAACCCCAUGACACACUGGACUUGUGUGGGAUACUGAAUGAUGAUCUGGCUGCUACAGUGAAGCGAUAUCCAAAGCGUUUCGUUGGGCUGGGUACUCUGCCCAUGCAGGCCCCUGAUCUGGCAGUACAGGAGAUGAGACGGUGUGUGAAUCAGCUAGGAUUCCCUGGAGUGCAAAUUGGCUCUCAUAUAAACACAUGGGACCUCAAUGCCCCAGAGCUAUAUCCUGUCUAUGCUGCCGCUGAGGAACUCGACUGCUCGAUAUUUGUGCAUCCAUGGGACAUGAAGACAGAUGAUAGAAUGGCAAAAUACUGGCUGCCUUGGUUAGUUGGUAUGCCAGCAGAAACUACAAUGGCAAUUUGUUCAAUGAUUUUUGGAGGUGUUUUCGAAAGAUUUCCUAAACUUAAGGUCUGCUUUGCUCAUGGAGGUGGUGCUUUCCCAUACACCAUCGGCCGAGUUGAGCAUGGCUUUAAAGUGCGACCUGAUCUUUGUGCAACCGACAACAAGAUCAACCCACGCAAAUACUUAGGAUCUUUCUACACUGAUUCUCUAGUGCAUGACCCACUUUCACUGAAGUUACUCAUGGAUGUCAUAGGAAAGGAUAAAGUGAUGUUAGGCACAGAUUACCCAUUUCCACUGGGGGAACUAGAGCCAGGCACAUUAAUUGAAUCCAUGGAUGAGUUUGAUAGUUCACUAAAGGAUAAACUGCUUGCUGGGAAUGCUCUGGAGUUUUUAGGACUGUCAAGAAGUUUUUUUUUUGAGUGACUGAGGAUCAGUUGUACUAAUGUGUAUCAGAAGAUUGAUUAUGUUACCAAAGAGCUGGAUCAUAAGAAUUAAACCUUACUUAAUGUGUUUUAUUUUGUAUUGAUUUCUAU